CCCCUUUUGAAUUCUUUGAAAUAUAUUAGUCAAUGAAUGCUCUUAGAAGAGCAACUUUUGUAAAUAAGGACGACAGAAUUCAUUCUAGUCACUGGAAACUAACUGCCCUAUUCAUUGUUUUGUCCUCUAGGAGAGCUAGUUUUUAUGCAUGUCGGCUUGACAAGAACUUGUAUGUGAUUGGAGGGAGAAAUGAAACUGGCUACUUGUCAAGUGUGGAAUGCUAUAAUUUAGAGACCAAUGAGUGGCGUUAUGUAUCUUCUCUACCACAACCUUUGGCAGCACACGCAGGAGCUGUGCAUAAUGGAAAAAUCUAUAUUUCAGGUGGUGUCCAUAAUGGUGAAUAUGUCCCCUGGCUGUAUUGCUAUGACCCUAUAAUGGAUGUCUGGGCUAGAAAACAAGACAUGAACACAAAGAGAGCUAUUCACACACUGGCCGUAAUGAAUGAUCGACUGUAUGCAAUUGGAGGAAAUCAUUUGAAAGGUUUUUCUCACCUUGAUGUCAUGCUUGUGGAAUGUUAUGACCCAAAGGGCGACCAGUGGAACAUUUUGCAGACUCCUAUUUUAGAAGGUCGCAGUGGCCCUGGAUGUGCAGUCCUUGAUGACAGCAUUUACCUUGUUGGAGGCUACAGCUGGAGUAUGGGAGCCUACAAAUCUUCUACUAUUUGUUAUAGUCCUGAGAAAGGAUCGUGGACAGAACUCGAAGGUGAUGUAGCUGAGCCACUUGCAGGUCCUGCCUGCUCUACCGUCAUACUUCCUGCAUGUGUGCCAUACAACAAAUAAGUUCUGGAAAUACAGAAGAGAACAUUGAUGCAUUCAGGAAAGGAAAGAUGGGAGGCGUAAUUAUUUUAAAGAAUAGUUCUUUGGACCACAGACCGCAAGAUCCUACUCCUACACCUGCAUUUAUGAUUUUUAAAAAGGACUAAGCAAACUCCCAUCUCAGAUGAAUUGGUAUCUUGUCAGACAAGUAGGUUAGACGCAUGGAACACUGCACAUGUUGACAAAUGGCCAUUUCAGAUUGAUCUUUUCCCUGCUGCCGACCCAUAUAUUGAUACUAAAUUUAAAGAAAAUGAACAAGAACAUUAUUGUGCAUUCUGUUUUACUGCAUGGGAUCUGUGUUGAAGUCAUGAUGAUAUUCACUUGUAAUUCAGAAUUGAGGUACUGAAAAGCACUCAGUUGCAGAAUGGUCUCCUCCAUUUCAGUUGUAAUCCAUGGCUGCUUUACAUACUCUGCAAGCAACAAACAUCAGAAAGAAGACUGUCAGAGGUAAUGAUGUAAUGCUUCUGUUGCAAACAAAUUGGCUGUCCCAUUGUGCACUUUGCCCUAAUGUUCCCAUAAUUAAGAAUUGAAAAAAAGUGUGCUUUCAGUUACAGCAGCUUUCAGGAUCUGUGCCAAUCUUUAAUAUUAUUUGCACUGAUAUAAAUCCAAAAUAAUUACUCCAAAAGUUCACGGAUUCUGGUUUUCUUUCUUUCCAUAGCAUAUAAGCAUGUACUGUUCAAAGUGUUUUAAAAAAGAAGUUUUGAUUAUUGUUCAAAAUGUUCUUAUAAUUAUAAAUGUUUUAAUUAUUUUGCCAAAAUGGUAAAAUGUUCUUCAGUUUUCAUUUCCUAGGACAGAAUUUAAGUGCAAUGCUUUUUUUAUAAGAUUAGGAUUUUGUGAUAUAUAAUAUUAGCAAAGAUUGGCAAAUUUCCUAAUCUAUUAACUUUGAAAUAAUUAUACACUAGCUUUAUACUAGGGUAAAAAAAAAAAUACAGGCCUAACUCGUGAGAGCUAAUAUACACAUAGCUAGCGUAUAUUCUCAAAUAAAUCCAAAUACACUUUGCAGCUUCAAGAGCAAAGCAAAACCGAACUGAAAGUAAGGCAGAUAUUGAGGAUAAACAUGCAGUUGUAACCUUCCAGAGAGGAAAUGCAAUGUAGAAAUAUUUGGGCAGAAAAGUGCAGAAACAACAUACCUCCUGAAGUCUUCAUGUUCUUUAUAAUAAAUUGUUCUCUUUGGAACCAUUCUUUAAAAAUUGGCAGUUGAUUACAUGCCUUUGUUUAAUGUCUGUUUAAGCUGUAUAAUAUGCACACACACAUACACACACUCUAAACUUUGUGGGCAGUAUAUGCAGAAUUCAAGUCAGCAGAGACUGCAGAAUUUUUGCUAUACUUCCUUUCAACUAUUGUGUGUCAGGUGCCAUCCCUGUCAUUUUAGAUAUUUAGAUGUGAGUGCAACAAAUAUUAUAAUUAAAUUUUAACUAUAAUAUUUUAAGCUUGGGGCUGAAUGCUUGUAAAUCUGCAUUUCAGAAUGGAAAUAGAUGUGAUAUAAAAACGUAGUGGCUCCUCUAAGCUAUAAGCAGUGAAUCAGAUGCUGGGCUUUGGUCUGCCUUUCCCCCAUUCUUCAAAUGGGUGGUCUGUUCCUUUUUACAUUAAAAAGAGUUCAUGAAAGUGUACACAAAAGAUAUCUUUCUAAUGAUGAAAACAAGCAGAAAGAGAAGUUGGGAAGAACAUACAGAAGUUAGAAAGCUGCUUUAUAUAAAAUCAGACCACUGGUCUAUUUUGUUCUCUAUUAUCCAUGCUGGUUAACUAACCCUACCAAGAGAUGCAAAGGAUCUGUAUCCAACUUAUAUCUUCAAACUGUAGUGCUGAGAUUGAGCUAAGGCUCAAAGACUCUUGAAGACUCUUGGAAAUAAGCAAGAAGCUCACUUAUUUCUGACUGUCUUCAGUGUUUAACAUACAAUAGCUCAUGCAUGGCAAGGAGGUCAGUUUUCACUGACAAAUGUUAUCUUUUUUUAAAAAAAUUGUUUGGAACAUUGGACGGAAGAAGAGUCUCUUCUAGCAUUACAGCUUCAGAUUCCCUGUCCCCUGUCCCAGCACUCAAUGUUUGGACUGAACAAUGAGCACUGCCACAAAAAGUUCAAUUUUGAUCUCUACCUACUUUCAGAUUUCCUGCUCCAUUUCCCUAUUCCAGUGUUUUGAUGUCCCAUCCCCUAACUAAUGCUCAGCAUUCUCAGGCCAUCGAGCAUUCUUGGUCUUUGUUUGGCUUUUUGACAAAUUAGGGGUUUCAGUGGCAAUCAGAUACAUUCAGGAAGCUCGCAAAAGAAAGGGGAGACCAGUAGUUUCCUUCUAUUGUUACUGCCCAAUAUUUGAGCUUCAAUCUUCUGAGCACUCAACUCAGCAGCUAGAUCUACUUUUAGAGGGGAAAAUGCAAUACGAGCACAGUUCCAAAAUGGCUACGUUUGUCCUCGCUACUAGGUUUAUAUACAUAUUUUCUUAGAAAUAAUUAAUAGGAAUUUAGACUCAUUUAUAUUUUGUUCGGGCUUUAAGCAAUGAAAUUCCUUUCUCCUAUUCUUAAGGGUUGGAUUAAAAUGCAGCAAUGCAAGGAAAAUCUUGCACUGCUGGAGUCAAGAUAUAAUCCUAUGCCUGGUUGAGGCAACUGGCUUUGCCUUGCUUGCUAAGAAUCCCAUAUCUAUGUUAGACUGAAAGACAGGACCAUUUCACAUCAAUGCUGUACAAGAAUUUUGGGGAUGUGUUGCUUCUAUUAUUUCUUCCCUCCACUGGAACCAACUGAGGGCCUUUGCACUAUGCAGUUAUAUUGCCUAGGACUCAGGAAGAGUAGAGUAAAAUUGGGAUUGAGUCAUAAUAUAAAUAAAUAGAUACAUCUUGACUUUCUUAGGACGCUAUGAAUGUGCAUCUCAUUUCAGCAGCUUAUAAACUCAAGCCAUAGAUUUUACUUCUGAACCACAGUGUUCAAUACAAAUCCUAAAUUCAUGUAGAUUAGCACCGUUUCUGGGAAUUCAGUAAACUCGUGGUAUGUCCGUUUCAAGGUCUAGCUUGUAAUCUGUAUGAAUAUUGUAUAUUCAAAAAUGCAAGGCAGUACAUAAGUUCAAAUGGGACACAAAGGUGCAACAUAGAAAUAGGCAGAAUAAAAGAAGUAAUUCAUAGAUAACAUUCCAUCAGAUUUGGACUACUCCAAAAAUAAUUUUUUAAAAAUGCAUAUUAAAUGUCUUCUCAUAUCACUAUGUCAUUGUUAUUAUUACUACAAGAAUAUACCUGUAGUUGUUUUGCUAAUGUCAACUCCACUAAUAGUGUAUAACUUCACCAAAAUUGGUCUUACCAAUGUAGCAGAUCAUUUGUUGAAGGAAUGGUAUCUAAAGGGAAAAAAGGGAAAACAAUAACAUUGUUAAUAAGUUCCUGAAGAUGAAAUGUUUAUCCUGGAACUUCAUUCCAUCUUUGUUUAUGUUGUGGAAUCUCUGAUAGGUUGUAUUUAUUUGUGUUAUUCAAUUCAAAGAAUUCUUUGUAAAAUAGUACAUUGUGCAAUCAUCACUUGGGUGAAGGGAUGGUAUUUAGAAAUAUAUAUCUGUAUAUAUAAAUAUGUGAAAAUGAAGCCUGUCACAAACAUUACAUUAAAGAAUAUUUUAUGGCUUUCAAAAAAGCAGGGUGUCCACCACUGAACAUUGUCAUGUGCCACUGUUAAAAUGCCACUUUAAAGCGGGGGAGGGGGUCUUGUCAUUUAAAAUUCUUUUUUAAGACAAAUAUAAUUAAAGAAUUUAUGAGUAUUAUAUGUAAAUCUUUUUAACUCUCUGGAAGGCAUGACCAAGGACAUCAUACAAGACACCAACAGUGUAAAUUUUGUACAGUAUUAUGCGUGUGUAAAUGAAGCUUGCUUGUAGGGUGAGGGGACUUUAAAUAAAAUCUUAUGUACUAACA